GUUCUAGUUAGCGAUGUCUACACCAGCUAAUGCAGAAAAUGAAGCUGCUGAUAGAGAGAAUAUUGUGGCUAGCGAAAAUGAUACUUCUCCACCACCAGCAAAGGUAACGAAGAUUGAUCGAAGAGGGUCGGUGACAUGUCAUCCGCGAAAACAUUUGGAAACGGUAUGCUCGCAGGGAUCUGAAGGAUCAGAUGAGGAUUUGUCUGCUGGCGAUGCUGUUAAGCCUUUGAGUACAGAUAGUGAUCGAAGCGAUUCACCUGCGGCUGAGUCCGAUCGUAUCACUCCUGUCCCGAAGUUCGAGUACAAUGAUUCUGAUUCCAGCGACGAGGGGACGCAGCUCGCUUCAGAUCGUGGAGAUCUCCUGAAGGAUGUGGAAAAUAUCACCGAGUCGUCGGACUCAUCGGGUCAUUCGCCUGAACAUACCAAACAUGAGGAGUCGUGUGGCUUGCAUUGUGAUCGGAGCAGUCCACCGGCUUGUGGCGAACUACCUGAAUCCAGCAAAGGACCUACGACGCCAUGCUCUCCGCAGGCGGAUCGUGUCACCAGCCUGCGCAAACGGAUGGCGGUUUAUUCUCCCAGCGAUAACAUAUUGUCACCAUGCACGAUGAAGCUCAACCGACUGAAGAACUUUUUCCGCAUGCGACAAAAGACUAGAGCUUUGUCACUGUUGUCCGCUGAAGAGCUGAGUGAGGAAAAUGAUGGCGCGGAUGAUGAUGAAGUGGAGGGUAUUGCCACUGGUGAAGCGGAUAUACCUGCAGAUGAUGAAGUGGAUAAAUCCGGUGACGAGGAUAUUGCUUUAACAGAAAGCCAGGAAGGUUCUGAUCAUGAUGAUAUCUAACUUCCUCUACAGUUUUACUUAUGGGCCUCAUUAAGCUCAUGUACAAUCAUACCGUUUUACUCUUAUUCUUAAACUGAAUCCAAACUCAUGUGUUUACCUAUCGUUACAACAGGCACCCUUCAA